AUGGUGGAGGUUCGUUGUGGGAGAGCGAGCGAGGAGCUAAGGGAGGAAGAGGUGGAUGUCGACCCUCGGAGGCGGUGGUCGGUUACCCGAGGUGUCGUUGACCAAAGGAGUAAUAAUAUUAGUAACAUCUGUGAGAGGAAGACGUGGUUAGUCGAAGUGAAGAGGGGAAUCCCAUUCCGAUUCCUCAAUGGUUUGGAUAUCGACCCCAUAACCGGCAUAGUUUAUUUCACAGAAGCCACUUCCGUCUAUGAGCAAUAUUCUAAAACAUGUAUAAGGAUGGACAAAACAAAACAAGUGAGAGUCUUGUUAAGAGGGCUUUCUUUGGCAUUUGGGACUGCUAGUAUGGAUGGCUCGUUUGUCUUGGUUUCUGAAUACGCAGGCAAAAGGAUCCAAAAGUCUUGGCUCACUGGGCCAAAGGCUAACACAUCAGAAAUUAUUCUCGACUUUGGUCACCAUCCCGUUGACAUAAAUCGAAGCGUAUCGGGAGAUUUUUGGGUGGCGGUGAACCGUGAAACUAGACUGAUAAAUCAUAGGGGCAAGCUCAUUGUGCCAAAUGCACUUCUCAUCGACUCAGAUGGCGCUGUGCUUGAUGAGAUUAUUCUUUUGGAUCAAUACGGCAAUUUAUCCAUCACUCAAGUUGAAGAAGUUGCUGGGGCACUCUAG